AUGCAGAAUCCCGAUGACCUUCUUGCUGGUCCAGACAGUAUCUCGCCUGAUGCUGCUGCUGGAGUUACAGCUCUCGAAGAGUUGAAGAGGACCGAAGAAGUUCAGAGCAUCAACGAAGUUGAAGGGCUCGAGGGAAAUGCGAGGUUUGCUAGUUCUGCCAUUAAUGUGCUAACCGGCCUACGCGACACUAGUCUUGAGGGUGCUAUGCUAAGCGACUUGAUUACUAACACCAAACAGUUAGAGGCCCUCAUGCUACUACUAGCAACUUUUUACUGGUACAACGAUCGCCGACCGCCGACCGUACCACCAUGCAUGGAAACCAUCGACAUACAUAUACCAGAUGCUGCGAAACAGCAGUGGGUUGCCGUGUCCACACGCAACAUGACGUCGAAGGCCACACAAGAACGACUUACUUUUAUCUUGCACGAGGGCUUCGUUGCUUGGCAAUGA